AAGCAAUCAUUUCUCCUUCUCUCUGGCUGCAUUCUUGCAGCCAUUGAGAAAUACUGUGUGAGCUGUGAUUGGUCACAGCUUGUCACAUGGUACAAGGCUGUUGUGAAUAGCCUUGUACCAUGUGACUUCUGUGAUCAUUCACAGAUUUCACACGUAGUAAGCAAUGAUGUCAGAAGUGACAUCUUUCUUACUACUCUUUAUGUGAUCACUGAUUGGCCAAUCAAUGAUCUUAUGAUCGGAACCUCACACAGAGGUCCCAUACAACAAUCGGUCCCAGGGAGCGCA